AUGUCCCACCGGCUCUGCAUGCUGCUGGUGGCCAGUUCCUAUGUGCUUGGCCUGCUGAACUCUUGGGUGCACACAGAGUUCGCCUUCAGCCUGCCUUUAUGCCAGCCAGCCAAGGUCAACCACUUCUACUGUGAAAUCACGCCUGUUCUGGCCCUCUCCUGCUCUGACACACGUGUCAAUAGGUGUCUGAUAUUUGUCCUUGGUGGGCUGGUGGAGAUGGUGACCAUCUUGGCCGUCCUGGUCUCCUACGCCUUCAUCCUCGCUGCUGUCUCAGGGAUCAGCUCUGCUCGGGGCCGGUACAAAGCCUUCUCCACGUGCACCUCUCACCUGGCUGGAGUCACCAUCUUCCACGGGUCCAUCCUCGCCCUGAACUUCCGACCAGGGUCUGGCAGCAGCCUGAGCACGGAUAAGGUCUUUGCUGUGUUCUACUCGCUGGUGGUGCCCAUGCUGAACCCCCUGAUCUACAGCCUCAGGAACAGGGAGGUGAAGAACGCCCUGAGGGACUUUGUCAGGUGGAAGUAG